UUUUUGGCUCAAUCUGGGCCGUUUUUUGCCCGUUGUUAUUUUUUCUGGUGUGUUUUUUCCCCCACCCCACGCCUGGCGGCGGCCAUUUUCCGCUCCAUCUUGUCGUGUUGUUCUUGCUCUUGCUGUAAUUUGUGUUUGUGUAAAAUGGGGUCUUCGAGACACCGCGACCGGAGCCGGGACCGGGAUAGAAGAGACCGGGACCGGGACAGGGAUCGGGAUCGCCGGGACAGGCGGAAGAGCAGUCGAGACAGGCAUAGGGACAGGGACAGGGAUAGGGAGCGCAGGGAUCGGGACAGGGACCGGAGUCGCAGUCGCGAGAAACGAAGGGAGAAGACUCCGGAGCCUGAUGGCGAGAAAUUGAUCGCCGACACGUUGGCGACUAUUGCAGCCACGAGGAAUUUCGCGGCUUUGAUCGCCCCCAAGCCGGAGCCCGAUACCAAUUCGAAUCAGUCGAACGGGAGCCAAGAGGAGGAGGGCAGCACCCGAAAACGCAAAAGGCGCUCCCGAUGGGCUGGAGGCGAACACGACAAAAUUUUCAUCCCUGGGAUGCCCACAAUCCUCCCCUCCGGCUUGGACAAGAACCAGGAGCAGGCAUAUUUGCUUCAACUCCAGAUUGAGGAAGUCAGUAGAAAACUGCGCUCCGGAGACCUGGGGAUUCCACCAAAUCCAGAGGACAGAUCACCAUCACCUGAACCGAUCUACAGCAGCGAUGGCAAACGUCUAAACACGCGCGAAUUUCGCACCAGAAAAAAACUGGAGGAAGAAAGACAUUCGCUCAUUUUGAAAAUGCAACAGAUCAACCCAGAUUUCAAACCGCCUAUGGAUUACAAUUGUAGACCCCCUGUGGUUCGUGUAAGUGAUAAAGUUAUGAUACCGCAAGAGGAACAUCCUGAGAUUAAUUUUGUAGGUUUGUUGAUUGGUCCAAGGGGGAAUACGUUAAAAACAAUGGAGAAAGAAACUGGGGCUAAAAUUAUUAUCAGGGGUAAGGGAAGUGUCAAAGAGGGUAAAGUUGGACGAAAAGACGGACAACCACUUCCCGGUGAGGAUGAACCCUUGCAUGCCUACAUCACGGCCACGAAUCCUGAAUGCGUCAAGAAGGCCGUGGAACGGAUCAAGGAGGUUAUACGUCAGGGAGUGGAAGUCCCCGAAAACCAAAACGACCUUCGCCGAAUGCAAUUGCGUGAGUUGGCACAACUGAACGGCACAUUGCGCGAAAAUGACGGAAUGCGUUGUAACAACUGUGGCGCCACUGACCACAAAUCUUGGCUGUGCCCCGAUAAACCAAACGUCACCAACAACAUUGUCUGUUCGAGUUGUGGGGCUGCCGGCCAUAUCGCACGCGACUGUCGUCAGAAGCGUCCCGGCGCCGGGGGCCCCCCUGUCCCCGGCGGCGAAAAGAACAAAAUCGACGAGGAGUACAUGUCGUUGAUGGCGGAGUUGGGUGAGGCGCCGCCCCCGGAGGCGGUCGCUACCACCACCACCACGACGACGACGCGUAAAUCGAGUUUUAAUUUGUUUGAUUCGCCGAUGACGCCACGCCCAUUGAUGCCGCCUCCGAUGCCGACGCCUACUGCGCUUCAGUGUAUGAAUGGUAUGGCGCCGCCUCCGUGGACGGUAGCGGCACAGAAUAUGAGUUGGCAGCCGGGACCGCCGGGCAUUAUGCCGCCGCCACCGCCGCCAGGAGCCUCCAGUCCGCCACAGAUGAUGCAAUGGAUGGGGGCGAAUAAUCAGCCGCCGCCGCCUGGGGCAAGUACGACGAAUGGGACUAUGCCGUGGCAAGCGGCGGCGUUCACGUGGCCGCCGGGGAGUUGUCCGCCACCGCCGCCACCAGGGAUUGAUGUUAAUAGCUUGUUGACGACGCCGCCGCCACCGCCGCCGUCGUAAGAGAUAUGAAGAUUGCACGUGGUAUUUACCGUAGGGUAGUUAAAUAAUUAUGGGAUUUCAUUAUUGUAUUUAAUAUUGGUAUCAAUUAUUAAUUCUUCAAUAUAAUGUGUAUUAUGGA